AUGGUAGGAGACAGUCCAAGAUCUGUGGGAUCUGCCUUAGAAGCGACGCUACAGCAGAAAUUCAGAGGCCGAAAGGGGUCAUCUCCCAGAGUGGGAGGACGAGGAGGAGAAGACCGGGAAGAGGCUGGCCACCUCGGUAGCCAUGACAACCACCACUUCCGGCUCGUUCCUCUUUACGGCCCACCUCGGCUCGGGCCGCGCGAAAUUCGUAUCCUGCUGCCUGCGGCCGGCUGCUCUCUGGGGAAAACUGCGACGAGGACGGGGAGGAAGCUAUCAGAGACUCGGGUACCGUCGCCUGUGGGGCCCCAGGUCGGCGUUUCCGGGGGCCGGAGCCAGGGCGAGGAAAGCGGCCCGACGCGGCGGGGACGGGGCAAGGGAGGACCGCCUCCCCCGGCCGCGGCUCGGAGCGCGGGAGUGCGGGGGGCUGGGGAUCCCGGCUCGGCCGCCGUCCUGCCGGCCCGCCGCGUGGCCCCCCUCUGCGGCAACACCCCCAAGUCCGGGAAGUCGCUGUUCCGCUUCCCUAAGGACCGAGCCGUGCGGCGGCUGCCGCUCCACUGCGUGCCGGGCAGUGAGCCCUCGCUCAUCUGCUCGGACCGCUUGGCUCCCGCCUGCUUUGACGUCUCCGGUUGUCCAGAAGAGCCUGCCUUCUCGCAGCGCCCGAGGCUCGUAGCAGGCGCCGUGCCCACCGUGCACAGGGCCUCCUCAGCACCCAAGGCGGAAGAAGAGGGAGACCGAGCAGGCGGCCUCCCUUUAAGCAUUGAUUACACUUAUUUUGUAUCUGGUCACUACCAUCUUCUUCCCCGGGUGCUAGUCUGUGCCCAGGAUCCAAGCCUGCGAACCCUGGGCUGCCUACUUAACCACCUAAGAGGAGUGUGCAACUUAACCACUACACAACCGCACCAGCCCUGCUCUCUGAUUACAUGUGAAAAUGAAGUUAUACAAACACAAAUCCGUGCUGAUAAUCUAUCUAAUGAUGUCACUUCAGUACCUACUCACUGUGAAGAAGGCCCAGUGCAUAAAAGUACACAGAUCUUGAAAAGGCCCCCUCACCAUAGUGUGGGUGUUCAGGCCAAAGUGAAAGUGUUUGGAAAACAACUAUGUAAUGCAUCUCCUCAGACUGGUGAAUUGUGGCCUAGAACUUCCUCUCUCUUUGACAUUUACUCCAGUGACUCAGAAACAGAUGCAGACCAGGAUAUCAAGAGUGAUCAGAGUGAUUAAUCUUAUAUAGCUGUGCAGGUGAAAGAAGAGAUCUGUUAAAAACACAGCGUCAGAUGACUUGAUGUGCUAUAAGUUUUCAAAUCUUUGCUAACAUAAUUAUCUCUUUGCUCUUGUAUAUCUUUCACUUCGAGAUAAUUUGACAGUUGAGUAUCAGAAAAUUUGUUUAGCUCUAAG